AAUUACUGUUAGAAUUUAUCUCAACGGAUUAUCAGGUAGUCGAUAUAUUUCUGUGCAUGCUAGAAUUACUGAUCAUACACUUAUUCAUCCCACAAACAUCUAUUAACUAUUUAUUGCAUACCAGUCUCUGGAAAUUGAAAUAUAAAUAAUAUGCUUUUACCAUAAACUCCUAGAAGUCAGAUUCUAGUGGGGAGGUCGAUAAAAUAGACAAACAAUUAAAGUGGUAAGUUAAAAAGAUAGGUCUAAACACAGUGCUAAAGAGGUUAAAGGGACAUGAAGAAGAAAGCACUUAGCUAUGUCUGCAGACAUCCUCCUGGAAGAGCAGAUGUGGGCCUUGGCUGUCAGAGGACAAGAAAUAUUUGCAUUACAGGAAGAGCAAAUUGUAUGUGUAAAGACUCAAACAAUGAAAAAGCAUUGCACAGAUUGAGAACCACAGAUAAAUUGACAUGACCAAAGCACAAGCGGUGUUUAAGGAGGGACUGAAAUAUGAGACUGGAAAUAUAUCUAUAUAUACACAUCUGUGUGUAAUUAUCUCAUUAAUUUCUUAAUGUUAUUUUUUACUGUAUUUUAUCAUGCCAGUGUUUGUCAAAUAUAUUUAACCAUGGUUUGUGGGGGCUUUUUGUUUUUUGCUAUAACAUAUUUCUGCAAGACAUUCUUUGUGAAAUGUUGAAAGGCAGUAGUGACCGAGCCUGCCGGACUAUCUGGGACAUAAGCUCGAACUGGAUCUAGUACCUGUGAACAAGUGUAUUCUGACUUGAUAUUGACAAAUAAGGAAAGUUAUUACUGGAUGCAAGUUCUGGGAAGGCUACAGCAGUAUCUCUCUGCUCUUGGAGAUUGGAAUGCAGAACUCUGCUGGGAGGAACAUUCUAUCUCCCUGUCAUAAAGAGUCUUUAGCAACCACCUGGUUCAGGUCACAGGCAGGGAGAGGAAGGACUGCAGAGUCUUUCAUUCUUUCUGGUGCAGCUUAACUGAUUUGAAGAAGCCGAAGAAUAAAAUCCAGUAGCACAGUUAAGACUUUAGCCAUGGCAUCUGCAUCAUACCAAAAGCCAACAUCUACUACUGUGGGAAAACAAAUGAUUUUUACAGGUCCAGACUACAUAAAGGAUUAUUUACCCAAAAUUCAUCAGCACACCUGCUAUGUAGGAGAACAGCAUCCGGCGUUAGAAAAAACUGGAGAUCUCAGAUAUUUAUGGAGGCCUGCCUCAGAUAGAAGCUUGCCAGCAAAAUAUAAACAUGAGUACGUUGGUGAAAUUGGUUGGGGAGUACCACAGUAUAAUUUUAUCAACAAAUCAAGACUGGAGAGUGGCUUCCAUAUCAAGUAUGAAGAACUAAGUCAAGCUUCUCUUGAUUCAAUAACCCACAGAUAUCAAAACCCAUGGCAACCAAAACCUCAUGUCCUGGAUAUGCAAGGAAAACAGAGUCGCGCUUCUUUGGCCUGGCAUAUGAGUGAUUUCGAGGACACUGAUCGGAGAAAUUCCAAAUGGGCUAUUCUUGUUAGGCAGAGUAAGUCAUCAUUGCCAAGAGCUUCCAAACCAUUUAUGCUUCCGAAGCUGCCAAAAAAGGAAAAGAAAAGGAAACAUUAGCCUCUAAAUCAGCAUAACUCAACCUGCUUUUAGAAGGAGAAACUGCCUACUACUGUAGAACAAAAAAUAAGACCAUAAUAAUCCAUAAGUGCUUCUCAUAUUGCCCCAGGACAGAUGUCUUGCAAGAGUACGCUUCAGCUUAAAGCCCAAAUAAAGAGUUUGGAAAAAAG